UAAAAUUAUUUGCUCUCAGGUGCUUACAAACACAUACACGUGCAUAUAACAUGUUAGUGAAAAUUUUCUUCUUACUAAUCUUACAACUAACACAAAUUCUGUGUUCAGAUGUUUUGGUAGAACUGCCUAAUGGCAUUAUCCUCGGACGUGAAGAUAAAUCGUACACUGAUAAACCUUAUUUUCAUUUUCAAAAGAUUCCAUAUGCUGCCCCACCUGUUGGAAAUCUUCGAUUUAAGGCACCAAUACCCCCUAAUAAAUGGGAAGGGAUUUUAAAUUGUACUUAUCUCGAUAAAAUUUGCUAUCAAGACACGACAAAUUUACCAGAGGAGUCUGAAGACUGUCUCUACAUUAAUGUUUACACACCAGAGCUUCCUGAUGAAAAUAAAAAUGUUUCUAUACCGGUUCUAUUGUAUAUUUACGGUGGUGGAUUUGUUGAAGGACAUGCAAUGCAGUACCGACGUGGUCCUGAAUAUUUAAUUGAUCAUGACGUUGUGAUUAUUACAUUUAAUUACAGACUGGGAGCAUUAGGAUUUUUAUCAACUGGAGAUACAAUUAUACCCGGAAAUAAUGGUUUAAAAGACCAACAGUUGGCAAUAAAAUGGGUCCACGAUAAUAUACAUUUGUUUGGAGGAGAUCCAACAAGAGUGACUUUAGUGGGCGAAAGCGCUGGUGGUGCUUCUGUAAGUCAUCACAUUUUAAACGAAAAGUCAGAAGGUUUAUUUCGAGGAGCUAUUAUGGAAAGUGGUACAGCGAUCAAUCCUUGGUCCCUCCAAAGAAACCCAAGACAAAAAGCUUUCGAAUAUGGUGCUAUUUUUAACUCAAGUUUUAACGAAAUUGAUGAUUCUGAAGUUUUACGUGACUUUUUACUCAACAUAUCAGCAGAAGAUUUAGAUAAAGUUUCCUUGAAACAAUCAGAAUGGGCACCAGUUAUUGAAGUUGAACAUGAAGAUGCUUUUAUUACAAAAAAAAUGUAUGGGCUUAUGCGAACAGGAAAUUUUGUUAAAGUACCAGUUUUGAUGGGUAUUAAUUCUGAAGAAGCUUUAUCUGAGGCUGGAGACCUAGACUCGCUUAAAUCGAAAUGUGAAAUGUACGAUAAUUAUGUGGAUCGUUUAGUUCCUGAAGACAUGAGCAUAAUUCUCAACAAUAAAACAAUUGUCAAUAUUGGACAAACCAUCAAGCAAAUAUAUUGUGGCGACAAAAAUUUCGUUGACGAUAUGAGUGCAGCAGUGCGGUUUUCUAGUGACAAUAGUUACACACGAGCUAUAAUCAGAUGUGCUGAAAUGAUGUCUCAACUUACUGACGUUUAUUUUUAUCAAUUCUCUUACGAUGGGAUUAUGGGGAACGUUACUAUAAGCAUCGAAGGUGCUGAACACGUUGCACAUGCUGAAGAACUUCGCUACAUAUGGCGAACCACUCGAGACGGAUAUGAUAACUCAGAUUUGAGUAAAUUUCCUCCAGAGGAUGUACUGACCCAACACAGAAUGCUGACACUUUGGACUAAUUUUGUUAAAUAUUUAAAUCCUACCCCUGAUACAAAUGAUCUUUUACAAAAUAUUACUUGGCCGAUUGUGUCAUCGGAAGGUGUGGGUGACUUCUUAUAUCUAGAUAUUGGCACGACUUUGGAAAUUAAGAAUCAUCCUAAAAUAGAUACUUAUCAUAGAUGGAUUGAACUCUACGCCAUGUUGAACUAUAAUGAUUUUGAUACAUUUUAAGGGUUAAUAAAGGUGUUCUAAUUCUUGA